AUGGAGGGCUCGAGUGAAAGUGACAAUAAAAAUACCGAAGAAAAUGCCCAAGACGAAACGUCAGAGUCAGAGUCUGAGAAAAAUAAGACGAGAGGACCCAUCACAACGACAACGAAAAAUGCCUUGAUAACAACCCAGCCGAAUCCCUGCGAUACUUAUCCCCACCGUGUGAAAGUGUCGAUAAUCGGCGCGGGAAAGAUCGGCGUUGCCUGCGCGAUCGCUAUUCUCAUGAGGAGAAUGGCAAGCGAGGUCUGUCUGAUCGACAAGAAUGCGGUGCGAGCAGAGGCCGAGGCUGAGGACAUCCGGCACGCAGGCAUCUUCUUGGGUAAUCCACUGAUCACCGGUACAACGGAUAUGACGAUGGUAAAAGAGUCAACAGUUGUGAUAAUCGCUUUGGGAGAACCAGGCCCCGGCGAAUCUCCAAAUAUAAAAGAAAAUUUUGAAAUAUUCAAACGAGUUAUACCGGCAAUAGCCAAGUUUGCUUGUCGUGCAGUAUUCGUUGUUACAACACGACCCAUUGAAGUGAUGUCGUACAUAACUUGGCGACUAUCAAAGUUACCAUCAAAUCGUGUAAUCGGUACUGGGACUCUUGUCGACACAAUGAGGUUCCAGUGUCAUCUGGGUCAGAGACUCGGAGUCGCUAAUACUUCGAUCUCCUGCAUGAGUAUCGGCGCACAAGGAGAUUCAUCAGUACCAGUUUGGUCAAGCGCUCACGUCGUCGGACUUAAGUUACGGGAGAUAAAUCCAAAAAUGGGGGAAGUAAAUGACCCUGAGCGGUGGUAUGAGGUGACAAGCUUAGUGAGCGAGAUGGAAUCAAAGUUAGCGAGUGAAAAGGGUGAGAAAGGACCGAGCUGCUGGUGCUUGGCAUUGUCUACUGUUGAGAUUGUCGAUGCCAUUCUGAGGAAUACCAAGGUCGUGCUACCAGUCGCCACACAUAUUCUCAGCUGCAGUCAUGGCACCGACAAGGACGUCUACAUGUCCAUGCCCUGUAUUCUUGGAACCGGCGGUAUGCUUCAACUGAUGAGACACAAACUAACCGAGGAGGAGAAAACUAAAGUACAAGCAUGCGCCGAUGGAAUCCGAAAUGUUCUGCGCGAAUGCGGGAUUCUUAUGGAACCACGCGACAAUGAUGACAAUGAUGACGAUAACGACAUUCAAUUGCCCUGA